AUGCGUUCCGCUACUCUUCUCGCUCUUUUGCCCUUUGCGCUGGCCGCUCCUUCAGCCUCAGUCUCUCGACGAACUGAGCCCGCGCCUGUCAUCCGCCCUCGCGGUGUCAAGCUUGUCGAUGGCAAGUACAUCGUCAAGAUGAAGGCCGGUGUCCGAGCUGCUUCUGUUGACAGCGCUGUUUCGACCAUCCAGGCUGAUGCCGAUUACACCUACACCAAGAGCUUCAGUGGCUUUGCUGCUAGUCUCAAGGAUGAGGAGAUUGAGACCCUCAAGCACGACCCUAAUGUCGAGUACAUUGAGCAGGAUGCUGUCAUCACCAUCAAGGCUACUGUCGACCAGGACAAUGCUCCUUGGGGUAUCGCCCGUCUUUCUAGCUCCAAGCCCGGUAGCAAGACUUACACCUAUGACGAGAGCGCUGGCGAGGGUACUUGCUCCUACGUCAUCGACACCGGUAUUGAUGUUGAGCAUCCCGACUUUGAUGGACGUGCCAAGUUCCUCAAGAACUUUGCUGGUGGUCGUGAUGGUGAUGGUCAAGGUCACGGCACCCACGUCGCUGGAACUAUCGGCUCCACCACCUACGGUGUCGCCAAGAAGACCACCCUCUACGCCGUUAAGGUCCUUGGUGACGACGGCUCCGGUACCAACUCUGCUGUCAUUGCUGGUAUGGACUUUGUCGCUGGUCAUGCCGAUGACGAGAAUUGCCCUAACGGUGCCGUUGUCAACAUGUCCCUUGGUGGCGAAGCCUCCGAUGCUGUCAACAGCGCUGCCAAGAGCAUCGUCGAUGCUGGUCUCUUCCUUGCCGUAGCAGCUGGCAACGAAGCCGUCGACGCUUCCGGCUCAUCCCCUGCUUCCGAGGCCAGCGCCUGCACCGUCGGCGCAACCACCCGCAACGAUACUCUUUCCUACUUCUCCAACUUUGGCGACCUCGUCGAUGUUCUUGCUCCUGGUACCGACAUCCUGAGCACCUGGCCCGGCGGCAAGACCAACACCAUCUCCGGAACUUCCAUGGCUUCGCCCCAUGUUGCUGGUCUUGGUGCUUACUUCCUUGGUCUGGGCAAGAAGGCCGAGGGUCUCUGCGAGUACAUUGCUUCCCAGGCUCUUGAGGGAGUUGUGGCUCAGGUGCCCCGCGACACUGUUAACAAGCUCAUCAACAACGGUGUUAGCAAGUAA